AUGACACUUUCUUUUAGGGAGGUGAAGGCAUCAAAGCGGAGUUUACGCUGUGGGAAUGAAAUGCUGAGUUUUGUGCAGGAGCUGCAGGCCGCCUCUGCAUCAGGUGCGUCGGGAAAGUCACUUAUUUCACUGGCGAUAGGAGAUCCCGCGCUGGACGGAAAUUUCCCGCCGCCUGUUGCUCUUACGACUAAUGUUGUGGAGUGUGCCAAGUCAACCCACUGCAACAACUACAGUCCUGGUACGGGAUUCCCAUCUACAUGUGAAGCGAUUGCAAAGUACUGGACGGAGCACUUUGCCACUUCUAUGAAGGGAAAGAUCCCUUCGGAUCAUGUCGUGGUCAGCUCGGGUUCCUCUGAUGCUCUCUCCAUGUGCAUUGGUGCCAUGUGCGGCGAAGGCGAUAAUAUAUUGCUGCCUUCACCCUUCUUCGCCCAUUAUGACACCUUAUGUCGGUACUACAACGUCCAGCCACGGUUCUACCGCUGUAACCACGAGAAGGACUGGGAGAUUGACUUUGAUCACCUCCGAAGCCUGGCUGACGGCAGGACAAAGGCGAUACUGAUGAACAACCCGUCGAACCCCUGCGGCAGCAACUUCUCGCGCAAACACGUAGAGGGUUUGAUCCGAGUUUGCGAGGAGCUGCAGCUGCCGCUCAUUGCGGACGAAAUCUACGC